GCGGUCUGUCGCUAAAAGCAGAAACGUACGAACCGGAUGCCUUUUCAUAUACAUAUGUAUGUUUGUAUGGGGACCAACGAAGCCAUCGAGUUUGCGUCGCAAUAACCGGACGAACCGGAUUCUAGUAUACAGCGAAAUAAAUGUGUACGUUUUAUUCAGUUUAAGCUCGACAGUCGUGCAGUACACCCGCAAAAUGUCUUCAAAACGAAAGUGCUUCUCUGUUGAAAAAAAAAUGGAAAUUAUUCAACGCUUGGAAGCCGGAGAGCGCAACGUUACUCUGGCAAAAGAAUACGGCGUCUGUCAUACAACAAUUGCCACAAUAAACAAAAAUAAAGAAAAAAUUAAAACGUUAUUCAAUAAUAAUUUCUUAAAGACAAAACGCGUUAGAGCGUCGACUCAAGAUCAAGUCGAUAAAGCAUUGUUACAGUGGUACAUAAUGCAACGCAGUCAAGGAAUUACAUUAAGUGGUCCACAGCUUCAGGAAAAAGCGAAUUUUUUCGCUAAACAAUUUCAAAUUGAACAUUUUAAUUGUUCUGCAAGUUGGAUAAGCCGCUUUAAGGUCAGGCAUAAUAUCGGCGGUACAAUCAGUGAAGAAUCUUUGUCUGUACAAAAAAGCGAGUGGCUUACAAAGGUUUGGCCUAUACUACGUAAGGAUUUCAAUGAUGAGGAAAUUUUUAGUGCCGCCGAAACUGGACUGUUCUACAAAUUAACUCCAGACAAAACACUACAAUUUAAAGGUGAAAAAUGCACUGAAGGAAAGCUGUCCAAGGAAAGGAUAACUGUUCUUGUUGCAGCCAAUAUGAGUGGUAAUCUUAAAAAACCUUUAUUGAUUAUUGGAAAAUCAAUGCGACCUAGAUGCUUUCAAAAUGUUCAGUAUUUGCCUGUUGACUACUACAGUAAUCGCCAGGCAUGGAUGACAUCUACAAUUUUUAUGAAUUGCGUACGGCAUUGGGAUGCUGAGCUUCAAACCCAUAAAAAGAAGAUAUUGCUAUUAGUUGAUAAUUGUCCAACCCAUCCCCAAAUUGGUGACCUAACGAAUAUCACUCUAGUUUUCCUUCCACCAAAUACGACAUCUGUAUUACAACCAAUGGAUCAAGGCAUAAUUCGAGUGAUUAAAUCAACUUUUCGGAAAAAUCUCGUACUUAAAAUAAUCAGCAAUAUGGAUGAAAACAAAGAUGAAAAUUAUCCGAAAAUUACCAUACUUGAUGCCAUUUUAAUGAUAAAUGAUGCAUGGCAACAACUUUCGCCGUUGACAAUUGCGAAUAGUUUUAAGCAUUCUGGACUUGCCGAAGAAAUUUUAGAUGGUCCCAGUAGCUCAUUCCCAAAUGAUAUUGAAAUCGAAGAUGACAUUCCUCUAUCGGUUUGGGCAGGAGCUCUAACAAAUCAGCUACCGAUUAUAAAGGAAGAACUGGAUGAAUAUGAUCAUAUUGACAAUAGUCUGGCGAUUUGUGAGGAACCAUUCGAAGAGAGAAUUGUUAAAAACGAUGACAACGAUGACAGCGACGACAACGUCGAAGAUCAAAAUGAAGAUGUGCCAGCACCUAGCGUUUUGGAGGCAUUCAAGGCUGCAGAAAUACUGAAUAGAUUUGUCCAUUCAAAUUUUAAUGACGAGAGUUUAACGCACAGCAUCUCUCUUUUAAAUAAUGCUGUGCGCUACUGUUAUUAUAUGUCAAAAACUGAUUAUUAAUAUUAAGAAUAACAAGAAAAACUACGUAUAGAAAUUAAUCUUGUUAUAUUAU